UGUGCUAUCCAUCGCCAAGUACCAAAAAACCAAAGCUCCCUGCUUUGGAGCCGAGAGAGAGAGCGAAGCCGGAAAGACGACGGAUCGAGAGCCAGGAGUGGAGUUUUCCGGCGGUUGGCCGCCAUUAUGGAAGGUGGCAAAUUAAUAGCAAUUUGCCAGUUUGGUGGAGAGUUUGUCACAGAUGCCGAGGGAACUAUGUCCUACACCGGUGGUGAAGCUCAUGCAAUUCAAAUCAGCCAUGGGAUGCCAUUUAACAAUUUUAAGUCAGAAAUAGCUAAUAUGUUUAACAUUGACAGUAGCUGCAUGUCCAUCAGAUACUUUCUUCCCUACAACAAACGGACUCCCAUUACAAUAUCUAGUGACAAAGAUCUAGAACGUAUGAUUGAUUUUAAUUUGAGUUAUAUGACCACGGACAUAUAUGUCUCAGCCAAGGUUGAUAACAGGCCAACAAGGAGUGCUAUUGCAGACUCAGGUACAUCCAUGGUUGACACUGCUGCAGCUGAACACAAUGCUAGAAUAAAGCGGGUAGCAGCUUCAAAGAAGACUAGGAACAGGGUGACUAGAGCCAGCAAUCCCAUUGCUGAUAAUGUUAGAGCACCAGAGCCAGAUGCUGCUAAGUUGACUCCUGAGAGGGCUGUGUGCAACAUUGCUGACUCAGUUAAUCUGGCAACUGUAGAUGUUGUUGACCAUUGUGAACCACAGUUCUCAAAAACACCUUGGGAUAAUGCCAUCACUGAUGUUGGUCAAGAAUUUGAUAAUCCGAAAGCUUUUCGUGAUGAGUUGCGUAAAUAUGCUUAUGUGAAAGGUUUCAAGUACAAGUAUAUUAAGAAUGACAAUGCUCGGGUAACUGUGAAAUGCUCUGAAGAAAAUUGUUCCUGGAGGAUACAUGCCUCUGGUUCAACUCGUAAGCAGAGAUUCAUAAUCAAGAAAAUCAAUAAAAUGCAUACUUGUGAUGCCGGAAAUGUGAAAGCUGGGUAUGGGAGAAGAACAAAGCAAUGGUUGACGAGUAUUGUAAAGGAGACAUUACUGGGUAAUCCUGAUUCUAAGCCCAAGGAUAUUGCAAUAGACCUUUAUCAAGAUUUUGGGAUUAACUUGAGCUAUUCACAAGCAUGGCAUCUGAAAGAGUUUGCCCAGAAAGAUAUACACAAGUUGCAAGAAGAGUUGAGCAAUAGGCUGCCAUGGUUUUGCCAGCAGUUGGUGGAGACAAAUCCAGGGAGCAUUGCCCUGAUAUUGUCAUCAGCUAAUUCAAUGGUUCGCCGUCUCUUUGUCUCCUUUCAUGCCUUUCUUCAUGGUUUUAAGCAUGGUUGUCGUCCGCUCCUCUUUCUUGAUAGAAUACCCCUGAAAGCUAAUAACCAAUGGAAGUUACUAGUUGCAGCUGCUGUUGAUGGUAAUGAUGAAAUACUACCAGUAGCCUUUGGAUUGGUGGAGGCUGAAACUUGUGCGAGUUGGCAGUGGUUCCUUGAACAACUAAAAUGUGCACUGGAUUCAUGUGGAAAUCUGACAAUCAUAUCUAGUAGAAAAAUGGGUUUGGAUGAAUCUGUACCUCAGGUGUUUCAAGACUGUUUCCAUAGUUAUUCUCUGUCUCACCUCAUGGAAGAAUUUAAGACACAGAUAAACAAUGGAUCAUCGCCUGAGGAAAUGAAGGAUGCUAUGGUUGAAGCCUUCAAAGGUGCUGCCCAGACAUCUGUUCUUGAUUAUUUCACUACAUGCAUUGAAAAAAUAAGCACCAUCUCGAAAGAUGCUGGUGACUGGGUUAUAUCCACUAAGCCCAGUCACUGGUCUGAUGCCUUAUUCAAAGGUAUUCGGUAUGGUUAUUUCUCUUCAAAUAUUGCAGAGUUCUUUAGCACAUUUCUUGAGGUGAAAGAUGAGUCAUCAGUCGUGCAAAUAAUUGAUACAUUAAUGGUUAAGUUAAUCAUAUUAAUAGAUUCACGUCGCCAGGCAUGUAAUUCAUGGGAAGGCACAAUGACACCAUCCACAGAGAAGAAGUUGGAGAAAGAGAUGUAUAAAGUGCACACACUUAAUGUUGUGCGUUCUUCUGAUGCCAUGUUUGAGGUUCGUGGAAGUACAUCCGAAGUUGUUGACAUAGAAAGCUGGGAGUGCACGUGUAGGAAGUGGCAGAUAACACGUUUGCCUUGUGUUCAUGCUAUCGCAGUAAUCGAUCACAGUGGUAAAUCUGUUUAUGACUAUUGUUCCCAAUACUAUACCACUGCAUGCUACUCCAUGACAUAUUCAGCCUCAAUCAAUCGAGUACCAGAUAUCGAAAACAUAAUUUCCUCACAAGGUCCAACUUCCUAUCCUCCCCCCUCCAGUCGCCCGCCUGGCCGACCAAAGAGAAAGAGGAUUAGUCCUUACAAGACCAGCACAAGGCCACUGCAUUGCAGCAGAUGCAAACAACCAGGGCAUAACAAGGCGACGUGCAAUGCCCAGUUAUAGUUUGUUCUUUUGUGGACUUCAUGCCUGACUUAUCUUACAAUCUCCGCACUCAGCUAAUUCUUUCGGUCAUAUCACAAGUUUGUCUUUUUGAUAUUUCAAGGCUGUUUGAAGAUUUAAUCAAUGGAUCAAGUGGCCCUAGAACUGAAAGUCCAGCACUUGUCUCUUCUGCUUUUUAAGUAUGGUGGACACCAACAAUGGAGACCUUUAAAGUUUCUAAAGCUUGAUAUGGCCAAGAUCUGCUCAUUUUGUCCAUGAAUAUAGAUGCACAGAUUUAAUGCGGUGAAACCUAACAAGGUCUAUUCAUUGCAGAACUAAAAGGGUGGCGAGGGAGGAACAUCGAAUGCAAAAGCAGCUGACCAACCUGGCAAACUUAGCAAUUGCUGCAUUCAUUGAGGUGGCCCUUUUGUUAGGUUUGGUGGUUCUUAAUGAAACAAUAGCAAAGUCCUUGGUGAGUUUUGUCCUCUGUUAAGCCAUUCAUUAUUUAUGCUUUGCAUUUUACUCCCUUUGCAUCGUCGGUAAUGACAGAGUAAGCCUUAGUUUGUUUUGUUCUUUCUCAUUGUGCGUAUUUGUUCCGUCCAAAAACAGUAUCAUCUUUAUGUGCAGUUAAAAUCCAACUAUUUUAGUUUUUCUUUGUUUA